AGAGAAAGAAGAAACAUUCAUCAAGUCACUAAAUAGUCUCACGUCAUCAAAAGGAGAGAGAGAGAGAUAACGCCCAUUUUCGAAGUUGUCUUCUAUAGCUUAUGACUCACCCGCUCACUCGCUCUCAACUCGCCCGAGUCACCCCACUCACUCACUUCCUUCGCCCCAAACUAAAACCCCACAAUCUCCCCAUAACAACAACGGUUUCUCUUUCUAGAACCUUCUCCUUCGCACAAUUCUCCACCGCUGCUACCCGCCCUAUCCACACCUUCCUCCGGCCGGCGAUGGACGACGCGCAAACGCCGCCGUCCGCCGCACCGGUGGGCGAGGACUUCGUCCACAUCGAGGAUCUGAAGAUGGAGAGUCUCUCCGACAGCAUGGUUCGCAUCGAUGAGGCUUCCGGUGCUGGUGCUUCUGCCGCCGUCGAUGAUUUGACGGUUCCUGAGGCUCCGGCGGAAAGUUCCGAUCGAUGUCCGCCGGAGCUCCCGGAGGAGCUUUCCAGGAACGUGAUGGUGCUGUCGUGCGAGUCCUCUGCCGAAGGCGGUGUGUGUGAUGUCUACCUCGUCGGCACCGCGCAUGUCUCCGAGGAAUCAAGCAGAGAAGUUCAGGCAAUUGUCAGUCUUCUGCAGCCAGAGGUUGUCUUCUUAGAAUUGUGCUCAAGUCGUGUGGCAGUGCUUACCCUGCAAAAUCUUAAGGUACCCACGAUGGCAGAGAUGGUUGCGUUGAUAAAGAAAAAACAUAAUAUGUUUGAAGUACUUUAUGGCUGGUUCCUUGCCAAGAUUGCUAGCAAGCUCGAAGUCUUUCCUGGCUCUGAGUUUCGUGUAGCAUAUGAAGAAGCAAUGAAGUAUGGUGGCAGGGUGAUCCUAGGCGACCGCCCAGUACAGAUUACAGUAAGGAGAACAUGGAGUAAGAUGCCACUUUGGCAUAAGACAAAGUUUUUGUACUCUCUACUUUUCCAAGCAGUUUUUUUACCCAGCUCAGAUGAUCUCAAUAAAAUGUUGAAGCAAAUGAAUGAUAGUGAUGUGCUAACUUUAGUUAUUCAAGAAAUGAGUAAGCAAUUUCCAACUUUGAUGGAGACUCUUGUGCAUGAACGAGAUCAAUACAUGUCCUCGACAUUAUUAAAAGUGGCUAGCGAGAAUAGGUCAGUGGUUGCUGUUGUUGGGAAGGGGCAUCUCCAAGGAAUAAAGAAGCAUUGGAAGCAACCUGUAAUGAUGAGGGAUCUAAUGACAGUUCCAUCCCCAAAACCAGCUAUGUCUGCAAUCAAAAUCCUCACAUCUGUGGGUGUUGCCGUGGCUGGGGUGGCCAUCAUAUCGGGCAUAUAUCUUUCAUCCAAGAAAUGACUCACUUGACAGAUACAGAGAUACUAUCAUCUACAAACUACAGGAUAUUAAGUAUUAACUGAAUCAUGGGCUUAAACAAAUGUUGCUAUCCGCAGAAAAGUUGGGGCAAAGUCAUUUAAAUUUUUUCUUUUUUUACACAUAAUGAAUCGCAAUUUUACCUAAAUCGCACAUUUUAUUUUAUUUUUUUAUAACUAAAGUAACUAGUUUGCGCUUAUAAAUGGCAAGAUGCCGAGAUUGAACA